AUGGCGAACAUCCCUCGUGAGAUCAAGUUCAACAUAUUUUCAAGACUUCCUGUGAAGAUUAUCGGCAUAUGCAGGUGCGUAUCCAAACAGUGGUUAGGCCUAUUAACUGAUCCCUAUUUCUUACAGAUUCACCUUGAGCGAGCUCAGAAAUAUCGUCAGUUGCUGUGUCUUGAUCAAUCCAUUGAAAAUGAUGACGAGGAAGACAAUCAAAAACAAGUUUUUUGCUUCUUCGCUAGAAACAUGGAGGCUAUAAUUCAAUACAGAUUUAGUGGAUUAAUCGAUGGCUACAUUUACAUGAUACCAUCCGGCCACGGCUUGGUAUGUCUUGUUAAUAGAGGGAUUUUCUUUGCCUUCAAUCCCAGCAUGAAGAAGUUUGCAAGACUCCCCAAGGCGCAAGCUUCAACUUGCGGUGGAGUCGAAGCAGGAUUUGGCUAUAUUAAAUCAACAAAUGAAUACAAGCUGGUUCAUUUGUACAACAUUCAAGAUGAAGAAGAGUUGGAUUACACCAUCAAGUGUGAGAUUAUGACUUUAUCAGAGGGUAGCGCAGUCAGUUCAAACUCAUGGAAACAACUCGAGAUUGAGUGCCCUGUGAUGGUUUCUGGUUGGGGGGUUUUGGUCGACAUGAAGUUUUACUGGAUGGUGUGGGAAGGAUGCUACCCUACAGUGGAUCAAUUAAUCCUCUCACUGGAUUUGGAAACGGAAACGUUCGAUUUCAUUCCUCAUCCGCAUGUAACUUCAUAUAUUGAAGGAAACGACACGUUUUUGGUGGAACUACAAGGGCAACUGUGUUUGGUGGACACUUUUGCGUAUCCUCCGAUCACCGAUGUGUGGAUUCUGAAAGACCCCGUGAAGAAAAUAUGGGUGAAAGAGUACACCAUUGAUUUGACUAAGUUGGAAGGAUUUGAUGAUGAGCUGACACAGAUAUAUAUUCUUGGCUAUUUGAAUGAAGAGCUCAUUAUCAAUUCUCAGAAAGAAAGACUGGAUUUCUACAAUGUUGGAAAUGGAAUGUUUAGGAGAGGUCGAAAUCUGCAUUUGUUAAGGGAUACUGGGAUCUGUCUUUACACAGAGACAUUCUUCUUACUGAACGAUUAG